CAGCCAUUCGUGAACGGUUAUUAAGAGAGGAUGACCUGUCACUAAAAAAGGCGAUGGAUAUUUGCCGUGCUGCCGUGGCAUCCCGGACCUAUUCGGAGAAGAUUAAGCCUGAAAGAGAAGAUAUGCAUAAUGUUCAUCAAGUAAAACAAAUGCAAAAUCACGUUGCACUUGUAAAGUCGAAGAUAUCAUCGUCACGAGGACAAAUAAGAAGCCAGGUACCCGACGACGCAGCGAAGUUCGAGCGAUGGAGUGGAGGGCGCGGCGAUCGCGCGGAGUCGCGUUGCCAGCGCGCUGUUGGGCCGCGCGAGCGCCCCCUGCCGACCAGAGGCCGUGGCGCGAGCCAGUGGCGUUCGGUUGCGGGUUCGAAUAAUCAGUGUAGUUAUUGUGGAAUAGUGCAUAAAAAGUUUGAGUGCCCAGCCUAUGGCCAAAAGUGUGCGCGGUGUUUAAGGAUGAAUCAUUUUGCCCGGGUUUGUGGGGUGAAUUAUAUUGAGGACUCUGAUGAUAAGGACAGUGAGGCCUCCGGAUAGAUGGGGGUUUACGUAACUACCAGUCUGGCUCGGAAUAAGGAGCUUUACGGCGAAA